AUGUCUCCAUCUGCGAGGACCGCAGUAAUACUGGUCGCUCUCCACGCCGCCCUCUGUGUAUUCUGGGCGAUCCUGGCUGGUAACCCGAGCAAAGACUGGCUAGAUCUCCCUUUCGUGGUCACCAUGAGCAUCAAUUACGCCGUCAUCAAUCCCCUGUUCACGAUCGCGACCGGAGUCGCCUAUGGGCUUCAAGCCAGCGCGGCUGGAGCAACUCAGGGCCGGACCGCAUUGAGCCGGACGACGCUUGUGCUGCAAAUCAUCAUCUUCUCGGCUUUGGCAUUGCUGUGGCCGGUCAGGUUCAGACUCCCGGAGAACCUUAAGGGCUCCUCUCUGUGGCUGGUGUACGACUGGUACCCACUUGUCGGCUGGGCGUGCGUGAACAAUGCCCUCAUUGCGGUGGGUCAAUGCAUCGUGCUGCGUGCCGUUGAUGGCGCAGCCCGCAGCGGAGCGCAAUUGAUGAGUCGGGAAACUCAGCCUUUGCUAGCCACGUGA